GACGGAAGUGGACUUGGAUUCGCCGUGGCAGUAGGAGAGCGCUUGCGGCUCGCAGGACAUGGAAGUGAAGCUUUCCACGCGAGCGCGGCGAAGGAGCUCUACGUGUUGGGGUACAAGCUUUUAAGCACGGGUGAAGCAAUCCGCUACAGCAAGGAGGAG